GCAGACUUCACUGUGGGGCAGGAAACCUUCCUGGGGUGUAGAUGAGUUUGCUGUGGGACAGAACAGCUUGUUAUGGCUCACAGACUUUGCCACAGGGUGGAAAAGCGUGCCGUGGGGCUGACGGAAGUUGCCAUGGGGUGGAUGAGCUCAUCAGGCGGGGGAGGACGAAGGACAGAAGACAUCACCAUGGGGCUUAUGGUGGGAUGGGAGACCUCGCCACAGGGUGGAAAAGCUUUCUGUGGGGCAGACCAGGUCGCUGUGGGGCAGAAGACCUCGCUGUGGGGCUCAUGGUGGGGUGGGAGACCUCGCCACAAGAUGGAGAAGCUUGCCGUGGGGCAGAUGAGGCUGCUGCGGGGCAGAUGGGGACGCUCAGGCAGGGCAGGAGACCUCACCAGAGGGCUCACGGUGGGGCAGGAGGCUUUGGCACGGGGUGGGAAAAGCUUGCCAUAGGGGUGAGACUUUGCCAUGCGGCAGAGGAGCCCCCCCGCAGGGUGGGAUGCCCAGGGUCCCUGCCGUGGGGUGGGGAAGCUUGCUGUGGGGCAGGCGAGCUCGCCAUGGGGCUGGGGGGAAAUGGAGGCGGGGCGGGGGGGAAGGAGACCUCGCCGCGGGGCAGAACACCUCUCUGUGGGGCAGGACACCUCGCUGUGGGGCAGGACACCUCCCCGCGGGCGAGGAGAGCACGCAAAAGCCUUCGCCCUCGCCCAGCCCCGCCCGGCCCAUCGGGGCCCGCCCCACAGGCCCGGAUUCACACCCCACACGGCUCCCCCGGGCAAGAUCUACCCUCCCCGGGAGGAUCUACCCCACCCAGGGCACAACCUGUCCCCCCGCCACCCCCCAGGGCUGUAUUUGCCCCCGCCCGGGCUGCAUUCAACCCUCCCGAGGGCACGGUUCGCCCCUGCUCGGCGCCGGGAUUUUCCCAGCGGGGCCGGGCGAAGCGGGAGCGGCCACAGGGUGCGGCGGGGGCGGGCGCGGACAGAGGGGUCAGCGCCGCUCCCGGCCCCGGCCCCGGCCCCGGCCCCGACCUCGGUGCCGGUCCCAGUCCCGGCUCCAACGAGGACCCGCCGGGCGCAGGCCCGAAUCCACCGACCCGGCGCCUCCAUCGGCAACCGGCAACCGGCGCCUCCAUCUUGCCCGCCCGCAGUCCUGCCCAGCGCCUCGGUGGCACAGCCUGCAGCACCCGGGGCCACCGCCAUCGCCCCUGGCCGCGGCUUCAUGUGUCUGUUGUGCGCCUCGGGACUCCUCAGCUUCCCUGGGCAACCUGUGCUGGUGCUUACAGUGAAAGUGCUUCCUGAUGUUCAGAGGGAACCUCUAGUUUGUGCCCGUUGCCUCCGGUCCUGUCACUGUCCUCUCUGCACCCAACCGUCAGGGUCCAUCUCCCCAGGAACCACCAGAAACGGACCCCCCGGCGUCUGGAAGAUUUCCCAGUUACAGCCCGGGAGACCUUCCAGUGCGGAUGAGCGGCUGAGGACAGGGAGCAGCUUUCUGGUGCCAGCAAAGGGACAAUGAAACCUUCAGUCUGGGGUGGAAUCUCAACUUCUGCUUUAUAUAGUGCUUGCUGCACUGCUGCUGCCACUCCCCACACCUUUUCAAGGGAAGUGCCUCCAAUUAGAAUAUCUUCUAUAUAUUGGUACAGUUCACAUCCUGAGGAAGUGAGACUGUCUGUAAAAGUUCAUCAAGUGCAUCAUGAGCAAUUGUGUGUGAAUAUUUAUACCCCUGUGGGAGUCUGUUAGAGUCCCAGUCUGGACUGGGUCCAGUCCUGUUCAACAUACCCAUCAAUGAUCUGGAUGAAGGGAUAGGGUACACCCUCAGCAAGUUUGCAGAUGACACAAAGCUGGGAGGGGUGGCUGACACACCGGAAGGCUGUGCCACCAUCCAGAGAGACCUGGACAGGCUGGAGAGUUGGGCAGAGAGGAACCUUAUGAAAUUCAACCAGGACAAGUGUAGGGUGCUGCACCUGGGGAGGAACAACCCCAUGCACCAGGACAGGUUGGGGGCUGACCUGCUGGAGAGCAGCUCUGUGGAAAGAGACCUGGGAGGUCUCACCGUUGAGUCACCGUUAGCGACGACAUGGUGGUUGGUGUUAUCGACCUUACAAGAUAUGAAGGCGGAGUGAGCCACGGCAGCCGGGGCUUUUGCAGCAUUACAACCCACAGGAGGGGGAUCGAACAGGCCAGGUCCGAAGGUCUGGGACGAUCCCCUGCUGAUCCCCUCUGCUCCACCUGAGGCCGAUGGAGGAGGCAGAAUGUCAGCAGAGACGGACAGAGCCGGAGCUGUUUGCUCCUGACAUUGCCCGCGUCGCCCCCUCCCCUCCCCAGUCGUCCCCCUGAGAUAGAAGUGCUGUUUUUGUAUGUCUGCUGUGUAAGUGUGUGUGGGCACCAGCUUAUACCUGCUGAUCAGCAUGUGUGCUACUGUUUGCUUUUUGUUGUGUGCAGUGUCGUUAGGUGACUCCACUUGAGCAAGUGUUCUGCCCGGUGUGGUACUGUUCUCGUAUGCAUCUAGGGCUGACACUCCAUCAAGUGAAGAAGUUUGUGUAUACACAGUGUUUAGACGUAAGGCGAGCGCGCCCCAGGCAGAUACACCAGGAUGGGCUGUAGAACCGAUGGAAGUCCUGAAAUAUUGGGGGAGUUUUCACAAGCCGACACGUUUACGGUCUCGGGAACGGCUCGUCCAUGCAGGGCGUAUCGCUGGUUGUUUGUUGUUUGUCUAUAAGGUCAUGGUUGAUUGGGAAAAGGAGUUGAGAUAAAGUCUAUAGGAUGCUCUGUAGGAAAAUGAGAAACUUAAGGAAAAAUGAGAAACUGAGCUCUUGUUGCAAAGGCAGACUUUUAUGUCAGUCGU